UAUAGUAAAAGUUAAAAAUAUUGUGGUAACCAAACAAUUUGAGUUGAAACUUUUCUUCUAUAUUUCUUUACCUCUCCUCCUAACCCUAGCCGCAAUCCCGAAAUACUCCACAGUCCCCGUUCAUCUUCUUCACAGCUUCCGGCGACUCCAUCUCCAUUCGGUUUUACGCAAGUUAAAAUUUGAAUAUCAGAAGUAGGAGGUAACAUUAUGGCAAGCUUAAAUCCGGAGGUUUCACUUACAGAGGAGGAGCUUGAGAGGAAGAAGAAGAAAGAAGAGAAGGCGAAAGAGAAAGAGUUGAAGAAACAAAAGGCUGCACAAAAAGCUGCCGAAGCAGCUAAGUUGAAGGCUCAACAAGGCUCUACUUCCUCGAAAGCCAGUAAGAAGAAGCUUGCCCGCGCUGAUGCAGGAGAUGAAAAUCCUGAAGAUUUUAUCGACCCGGAAACACCACUUGGUGAUAAGAAAAAGCUUUCUAAGCAAAUGGCAAAACAGUUCUCUCCCGAGGCAGUGGAGAAAUCAUGGUAUGCAUGGUGGGAAAACUCUGCUUUCUUUCAGGCAGAUUCCAAUAGCACCAAACCUUCAUUCACAAUUGUUCUUCCACCUCCUAACGUGACUGGAGCUUUACAUAUCGGUCAUGCCCUAACUGCUGCCAUCCAGGAUACAAUUAUUCGUUGGAGGAGAAUGUCAGGAUACAAUACACUGUGGGUGCCUGGGAUGGAUCAUGCAGGAAUAGCAACUCAGGUUGUGGUGGAGAAAAAAAUCAUGAGGGAAAGAAAAUUGACACGUCAUGAUGUGGGCCGAGAAAAUUUUGUAUCUGAAGUCUGGAAGUGGAAAAAUGAGUAUGGUGGAACGAUACUAAAACAACUUCGGAGAUUGGGUGCAUCUCUAGAUUGGUCACGUGAGUGCUUUACAAUGGAUGAGAAACGGUCAAAUGCUGUAACAGAAGCUUUUGUCAGGCUUUAUAAUGAGGGUCUUAUAUAUAGAGAUUUACGGUUAGUCAACUGGGAUUGUGUGCUGCGAACAGCGAUAUCUGAUAUCGAGGUUGAUUAUAUUGAUAUUAAAGAGAAGACACCUCUAAAGGUUCCUGGGUAUACAAACAUGGUGGAGUUUGGCGUUUUAACAUCAUUUGCAUACCCUUUAGAGGAAAAUCUCGGAGAAAUUAUUGUGGCUACUACUAGAGUUGAAACAAUGCUUGGAGAUACUGCUAUUGCUGUUCAUCCCGAUGACCCGAGAUACAAACAUCUUCAUGGAAAGUUUGCUAGCCAUCCAUUUAAUGGACGAAGACUUCCUAUAGUUUGUGAUUCUAUACUUGUUGACCCAAAUUUCGGAACUGGUGCAGUGAAGAUAACUCCAGCUCACGACCCAAAUGAUUUUGAGGUUGGAAAGCGUCAUAAACUGGAAUUUAUCAACAUUUUCACUGAUGACGGGAAGAUAAACAGUAAUGGAGGUUCUGAUUUUGUUGGGAUGCCACGUUUUCAAGCUCGUGUGGCUGUAACCGAGGCUUUGAAGGCUAAGGGACUGUAUAAAGGGGAAGAGAAGAAUGAAAUGAGGCUAGGGGUAUGUUCUAGAAGCAAUGAUGUGGUUGAACCUAUGAUAAAACCACAGUGGUAUGUUAACUGCAAUGGUAUAGCUAAGGAAGCUCUUGAUGCUGUCAUGGAUGACACUAAUAAGAAAAUCGAGAUAAUGCCAAAACAAUAUGCUGCUGAAUGGAGAAGAUGGCUUGAGAACAUUCGUGAUUGGUGCAUAUCAAGGCAACUUUGGUGGGGUCAUCGUGUUCCCGCAUGGUAUGUUACAUUGGAAGACGAUGAACUAAAAGAACUUGGGGCUUACACAGACCAUUGGGUGGUGGCUCUUAAUGAGAAAGAUGCUGAAGCGGAGGCAAAGAAAAUCUUCCCUGGAAAGAAGCUUCAGUUGGCUCAAGAUCCUGAUGUUCUAGACACUUGGUUUUCUUCUGGGCUUUUUCCAUUAUCUGUAUUGGGCUGGCCCGAAAACACCCAAGAUUUGAAGACAUUUUACCCGACUUCUGUUCUUGAAACCGGCCACGACAUUUUGUUUUUCUGGGUUGCCCGUAUGGUGAUGCUUGGCAUGAAAUUGGGAGGUGAUGUACCUUUCAAAAAGGUUUAUUUACAUCCCAUGAUUCGUGAUGCACAUGGGCGCAAAAUGUCCAAAUCUUUGGGCAAUGUGGUGGACCCCAUGGAUGUCAUAUGUGGCAUAAAAUUGGAAGAUCUUAUCAAGAGACUCGAGCAGGGUAAUUUGGAUCCCUCUGAGUUGAAAGUCGCCAAAGAGGGGCAAAAAAAGGAUUUUCCUAAUGGCAUUGACCAAUGUGGUGCAGAUGCCCUUCGUUUUGCCCUCGUCUCUUACACAGCUCAGUCGGAUAAAAUAAAUCUCGACAUAUUACGUGUGGUUGGAUACCGACAAUGGUGCAAUAAAUUAUGGAAUGCUGUUCGGUUUGCCAUGAGUAAACUUGGUGACGAAUAUACCCCUCCAGCAACGAUUGAACCACAGAAGAUGCCAUUUAGUUGCCAAUGGAUACUUUCCGUACUAAACAAAGCUAUAUCAAAAACUAUAUCGUCGAUGGACGCUUACGAGUUUUCAGAUGCUUCAAGUGCUGUAUACGCGUGGUGGCAGUCUCAGCUUUGUGAUAUUUUCAUUGAAGUAAUUAAACCUUACUUCUUUGGCGAUAAUGACAAAUCUGCUAAGGGUUAUGCACAAGAUACACUGUGGGUGUGUUUGGAUACAGGGUUAAGAUUGCUCCAUCCAUUUAUGCCGUUUGUUACUGAAGAAUUAUGGCAACGACUUCCUUCACCGAAGAAUCAUACACGUGAGGAGUCCAUUAUGAUAUGCGAAUAUCCGUCCGUUGUUGAGUCCUGGACAAAUGAUGAGAUAGAGUUUGAGAUGGAAACAGUUGAGGCUGCGGUGAAGUCGUUCAGAUCGAUUAGAGGGGAAACGAAAGAAAAGCGAGCGGGUUUUGCAGUGUCUCGAACCGACAAAAUUGCAGACCUUCUAAGGCGCCAUGAAAUGGAGGUUACAACCCUAGCCAAUUUAUCAUCUUUGAAGGUACUCGGUGAAAACGAUCCUGCUCCAGUUGGAUGUACAGUGGCAGUUGUAAACGAAGCGCUUUCAGUUUAUCUGAAGAAUCAAGGAGCUAUUGACGUUAAUAAGGAACGAGAAAAGCUCAAUGCUAAGUUUACAGAAUUGCAGAAGCAAAAAGACAGUUUAAACAAGGCGAUGAGUGCCAAGGGGUACGAGGAAAAGGUGCCCGCACAUAUAAAAAAGGACAAUGUUGACAAACUCGCCUCGUUAAUGCAACAACUACUCUCUAUCGAGGAAGCCACUCAACACAUUGAACGCCAAGUAUCCGCGAAUUCAGAAAUCUAAGUCAAAAACUUUCUGUGUUCGGGUUUUUGUUAUUUUGUUGCUCCAGCUUUAUAGAUUUGAAGUGAAAGUUUUGUAUUCAUAUUAUUGAAACACUCGGAUGAUUAAAUCACUUGAGGUAUUCAGUAACAUUUGUGGGACGAUUUGUAUUUCUAGCUUUAGUUGGUAGCGUUUGUUUAUUUUGUUGAACUAUUGACCCUUUUUGUA